AUGGGCCCCUACUCUAUUCUAUCGAUCGGCAGCCACCCCAACAUCGCCUUCUACAACUGGAGGCUGAACGCCUCGAAGGCGGUCAAGCUGGCCACCGUCGCCUCGACCGCCAUCCUGGACUCGUCCACCCCGGCGUCGAUCCAGAACGCCAAGCCCACCACGUACUCGUGGUCGUCGAACCAGUUCGGCAACGAGAGAUACACCCUCAACAGCGUCUACAACUCCGUGGACGACUACAUCUCGCUCAACGGCGCCUCCCCGGAAAACCUGGACUUCAUCUUCCUCUCGGCCACGUCGCUGCAGGAGCUGUCCACCGUGUGCUCCACCUUGAGCUCCGUGUUGAAGGUGCAGCUCGCCAACCACAACGUGCCUACCAUCAUCGUCGAGUCCACCAACUUCGUCAACUUGGAGCCCUUUGUGAAAAUGUCCCUGCAGCUGGACGACCAGAUCCCGGUCAUCUCGAUCAUGUCCGACUUCGACAUCAGAGAGGUCGGCAACGAUAACUUCCUGGUCUUCAAGAGCAAGAAAGAGUCCGAGUUGAUCUACGUCGGUAAGAGCGGAAGAGAAAGCAGCUACACCUCCGAGGAAAUAGGCUUGAUCAACAAGAUUGCAGAUCUUUUCGAAUCCUCCAACAUCGAUGUCUACAAAUUGAAUACCCCCUUGGAGUUCCUGUCCUACCAAUGGAAGUUUGCAUUGCCAAAAAUAACCGUCGAACCUUUGUCAAUCAUUUUUGAAAAGCCUUUCCCGAGCGACUUGCAAAACCAGAUCUUGGCCAAACCUUUGAUCUCAGGCUUAAUCUUCGAAAUCAUCACCGUCAUCAAGACCAUGGGCUGUAAGCUAUUCAACAGUUACGACAACGAAGUGUCUCUUUUGGAACGUUUAUCUCAGUUAUACCCUCAAGUGGAUUUAAGUUUGGACGCCUCAGAAGCACCAAAACUGUAUUACGAUUUUUUCAAUCAAAAUCAACUUUACUUGGAUUUAUUGUUGCUUCAGCCGAUCUUGAUUGCAGAUGACUACCAAGUUAAAACCCCAUACCUAGAAUUCUUGUAUGCCGUCAUGUCUCAAUACAACUCCAACAAUUUCUCCACCCUAGAGACAUCCACUUCUAUCUUUUGGCUCAGGAAAAACACGGAAAAUAUCCGCCAAUUGAGACUACAGCAGGAUGAGAUUGCCAUGCAAAACUCUUUGCGUGAAAGAGACAUCAAAAACUCGGAAAUGGCACUCAACAAAUCUAUUCCGAAAGGUAAUAGCAAUGGUGCUAUAAGUGGACCUUCCUACCCAAGGAACCCACAGCGUUCUUCAACCGAUCCUCCAAUAGAUCCUGAGAUGGAAGAAUUAUCAGAUAUGGCAAUCACUUACGGUGGCAUAUCCGAUAAAAACAUUCCACCCCAAUCUCGCGAUUACAAUAACGGUACAAAGACUCCGAAUGGUUUUCCAUCCUCGAAUAAUUUACAACCUCCAUUCCCUGUAAAUAACAAUCCCAAUAGCAUACCAGGCAAUGCAUCUCCAAACUACAUGCCUCAACAAAAUCUUCCUCAUGGUCUACCGCCUCAAGGCUUACCUCCUCAGCAACAAAUUUUCAACUCACCUCAACAACAACAACCUCCUCCAAUGCAAAUUCCUCCAAAUCGUGGUGGAAGAGGUUACUACAAUAAUGGUCCUCAAGGCGGACACCCCCAAAUGAACCCAUAUGCUUCUAGAGAUGAUGUAUCAUUUAUGUCCGGUCGUGCUUCUCACAUGAAUAUGAACCAGAACUAUGAUUCUUCAUUCAAUAGCAUGAACGGCAUGGGUGGAAUGAAUGGAAUGAAUGGCAUGAGCGGUAUGGGUCCAAUGAAUGGCAUGGGUCCAAUGAACGGUAUGGGUCCAAUGAACGGCAUGGGUCCGAUGAAUGGCAUGGGUCCGAUGAAUGGUAUGGGUGGCCCAAACAGACCAUUCAAACCAACAUCACGUAAAAGCUCACGUAAAAGUGUUGCUGCCCUGACAAAUUCAGUGGCUGGAGGUUAUAGCCAUACCGGUGGAAUGCCAUCACGUCACUCAAUGGCUCCUCAAGCUUCAAACUCAAAUUUGAGAAGUGCCGCAAAUGUCAAGAGACCUAACGGCGGCAUCAGCCAAUCAACCUCCCAAUUUGGUUUGGACAAUUCCUUUACGCCUCCAGGAGUGGUUGCCAAUGGUAGUGGAAGUGAUGGAUUAUCAAAUGGUAGCUCAUCUAGCCUACCUGGUGCUAACGGUGCUGCCGUUCCUCCUCCAAAAACUAGCAACAUUGAUUUGGUUCCGGUUCCAGAAGCAACACCUGCUCCUACUCCUGCUUAUGUUCCAAGUCAGGAAAAGAAAGAGGAGAAGAAAAAGAAGCGUGGCUUCCUGAAGUUCGGUAAAAAGAAUAAAGAAUGA